UCUUGUCUCUCUUUUAUUUUAUUUUAUUUGUAAUUUGAAUAGAUUGUAAAUCGUUACAAGUCUCAUAGAACUAUUCUAACCUGUACAUUUGUAAAUAUUUUUAUGUUCACAGAAUAAAGCGUAUUCGAUUUGUAAUCGGAACCAUGUUCAUCCGAUGAAGACGACGAAAGAAAGCUACAGUGACUUCGAAUGUAUACCAGAGAAUCUUGAGACUCGAGUUUUGUUUACGCGUUCGAAUCAAAAUCGCCGUCUACGAAUGGUCUUCGCCAAAGUCGACUGCCCAAUCGAAUACAAAAUACGCAAUGCCAUUGAACAGAUGAAGUUAGCUGCCGAUAUUGAACACGUCUACGUGGAAAGUGAGUUCCAUCGCAUCGAACUCUAUAUACGUGAUUUCAUCGCAAUGUCACUCGCCGCAGGAGAAUUUGAGGAGUUAAAACCGAUCCUAACCUCAGACGUUCCUGCUUAUUCGAAUUUUGUAUCAUCUGUCACGUUUGAGAUUUUGGGUCUUGCUAGUUUCAUCGAUGAUGCGAUCAAAACCCUCUGGAAACCGUCCGUAAACGGCGUAACUCCGAAUCCAGAGCCCACUAAUUCGAAUGUAAGUCAUGGAGCUGAUAACUCAACCGAAUCAGUAUCCAAUUCGCAAUCUGAAAUUCCAGCCAAAAUGCUCGCAAUUGAAUACCCGGUAAAUUCACCUGAAACGGACAGCAAAGAGAAGAAAAAAGUAGAAUUUGCAGACGAUACAAAACCCGGUGAUAAUAAUGAAUUUAACGAGGACAACGAUUGGUUUUACGACGACUAUUGUGACGAUGAUUUUGUCACUGACUCUGAAUCCGAAGAAGUAAUCGAGCUCCUGAAUAAAACUUGCCAAAAAAUCGAUAACUUGAAGGUCACCGUCACUAAUGAUCAGCGCUGCGUUCGUGAAUUACAAGUCCAAUUAACACGAUGUGAUGGAAAAACAGUAAACCAACUCAAGAGUCCCGAUGAAGGUAUUCCAAAUCCGAAAAAGUCAGCUAUAGAGAAAGAAUACUCGAGUAUACCAGCUGUCAAAAUUCCUGAGAAUCGUACGAAACUCCUACCUCCUUCGCACGCACCAAUUUCGAGUACCAUGACCAUUGAAGAAGUAGUGGCGAAGUUUAAAGCGAAUAAAGAAUUGUCCAUCGAACCGGUCGCCUCUACGUCAAGUCAGCCUUCUACUUCUUUUUCGCAAUCGAAUUCGACUAAUGAUGAAGCUUCUAAUACGAAUAAUCCUAUUCGAGUACCUGCUGCUGUUCCAAUUCAACCAUCACCAAGGUACCUCUCUGCGAGAUUCCCAAAUUUGAAUUACGGAGAAAUCGAUGGUCCACAGAUAUUCUCAAACGACUUGGUGGAUCGUGAAUUAAUUCCAAUUUGCGAGAUCGUACAUUACAUUCCAUAUAACUUCCCAGCCGAAUAUCAACGAAUUACGAUUAACUGGAAUCCACCCGACCGAGACUUCCCGAACCAUCAUUUAAGGCUGUGGAAUGCGAUGACGAGAGGAACAUACGUGCAUUUUAAAAUAGUAAUACCUCGUUACCAUCUGUAUAGACAAAGGCAGACAUUUGAAUGGCCUCGAAUUCAUCUAGAGGCUGUAGCAUGGCGGAAUCAUUUGAACUUGGUUAGGCGUACGUUCCGAAACGAGAUUUUUCCAGCGAUUCAUGUUGUACCACCGAUAUGGUCUUAUAAUCGCGACUCGAGUUUUGAUUUCUUAUUGACGAUUUUGGGAAAGAUACAUAACGAUAACUUGGAAAUCAUUUUCGAUCCUACCCUCGAAGUGUCUCUAAUCAACGAUGCUGCUUUGACUUUCUUCGAUCCGUACGUCUAUUUCAACUUUGAGGUGAUCGAUCAUGCCAAAGCGAUAUACGUGCCUUGGCUAGAUGAAUUCCGAUUAGUAUCGCGAAGAACCACUGACGUGCCGAUAAAGUUGACACCGGAUAUUCAUUUUCACGUCAAUGAGACCCACAGUAUUAAGUGUCAUGUGGUGGAUUUCCAAACUCGUAGAAAACAUGAAGCUCACCAUGGUACCGUAAUAAUUGGCCGGCAGCAACUCGAGCCUUAUAUCAUUAGUUACGAUCCAUCAACGGUAAUUCUCAACCUAAGUGGACCUCCUCAAAACACCUUGUCUCGAUCAGCUCGAUGUAAAGUCAAGAUUCCUGAAGUUCGAUCAAUUGGCAUAAUGAGGAGUUUAAGCUUAAUGACUCGAGAUCAAUUACAAUUCGAAUUUCAGCCGAUAGAAAGAUACCUAAUUAAGCAUACUCGUGGCGGUCGAUGAUCAGAAAAAUGUAACGGUCGAGGUUUUUCUUCGUUUAGUACUCGAGUGAUUUGUAUCGAUUUUCGGUUAUGUUUUGAAUCUAUGUACUAACUAUUUUGUAAUUGUCGUGUAUUUCUUUUGGAUGAUGUGUUUUUCCGGUUAUUGAUCUUUUUUCAUAUCUUUUUUAUUUUGUACUCGAUUGAUUGUAUCUUUUUGAUAAAAAUGUAAAUAUGUUGUUUGUUGAAAGUUAACCGAAUGUUUAAUGUUAUAUUAGAUAGAAUGUUUUUGUUUCAAAAUUUUUGUAUGGUGUCAAUUUUCCCCUCCUAUCGAUUUUCUUUUUGUCGGGGGGAGAGUUUAUGUCAUGUAAGGAUGCCUAAAUAGAAAUAGUUAGGCAAUUGUACUGGCAUAAAUUCGAUGAUCCUCUUCAAGGUUAAAAUCAUAGGUGGGAAAAUUGAUAACUUAUGACGUUAGGUACUUACCUACCUAACGUCAGUAUGUUUUCGGUAAUUCGAGUAUAUGAACGUGUUCGUUCGAAUAUUUUUUAUCUUUUUGAUAAUGUAAUUAUUGAACAUUCUAUUUUCAAUUAUUAAAUGGUGUAAUAUUUCAGUA